AUGACGGUCAUUCGUGUGGAUCCGUGCUCUCCGGCUGUGGACACUGAGCCGUUUCUGAUCACUCUGUGGAGACCCGCCGCCGCCAUGACUCCUCCGGCCUCCGCUCCCCCCUCGUGGACGCUGGGGCUGCUCGUCUCUGCGCUCCUGCUGAUGACGACGUGGCUUCCCGCGUCGGCCGCGGAGCCGCCGAAGUGUUUCUCCCGGCAGCACCAGAACGUUACCGUCAACGUCAAACUGGCCUUGAACAGACAGGCCAUAGCCAUGAUCGCCCAGGUGGUCCGGUCAGAGCAGGACUGUGCACACACCUGCUGCUCAAAGGAAGUCAAGCCAGGUGCGAAGUGCAACAUGGCUGUGUUCAACGCCCACAAAGACGCCGGAGGAAACUGCUUCCUGUUCCACUGUCAGACGGAGCAGGACUGUCCUUUAAUGAAGGCUCAGGACGGCAUCAACACCCACUACAUCUACAACAGCUUGAUUCAUCCAGCCACAAUUAGACCUGUAACCAUGACGACCACCACAGGACAAACCACCACCACCACCACAACCUCCACCACCACACUGGCCCCAACCACACUAACAACCACACAACCCACCACCACCACCACCACCACCACACAAAGUACAACGACACCACCAACCACCACCACAACGACCACAACCUCUGCACCGACGACGACACUGACCACCACCGUGACCACGCAGGCUCCUGCCACCACAGCAGCACCUCCACCCAUCAUCAUCAUCGCCACGAUCAAAGAGGCUGCACCAAGAACUACUGACAAACCACAGCCCAACACUGAAACUACCACUACUACCACUACUGCUACUACUACUGUCCCCACUACUACUACAACUACUACUACCACCACUACAACUACUUCUGCUCCACCUAGUACUACAACUACCACUCCUUCUACUACCACCACCACUUCUACUACUACUCCUACCACCACCACGACUCCCACCACCACCACCACCACUACUACUACUACUACUCCUGCCACCACUUCUACUAGUCCUCUUCCUACUACUACCACCAGUACAACAACUACUACUACUACAAGUACUACCACCACCGAGGCAUCCACCACGAGGACGACUCCAGCAGCAAGUCUGCUCAUCGUCCCCAAAGACGCCGUCCAGUCCGACCACGCCCUCCAGAACUCGAGCAUGGGGCGGGGGAAAGCGGUAGCGGCGCAGGGGGCAGUGAAGAGCGGCGUGGUGGCCUUCAUGGUGCUGGGGCUCGCCGUGCUCACGCUGGCUCUGGCCGUCGGCGGCCGCAAGGCGAUGGAGUCGUUCGACAGACGCCAUUACACAAGACUGGAGCUCAAUGACCUGCACUACGAGGUGUGA